CCAAAAUAGAAAAAGAAAAAGGUAGAGAUUUGACUUUUGAGGCUCAUUUGUACGUUUUUGCACACAGAUCAAGAAUACCGUUGAAUCAUCUUCCCCGGUGUCGCGAAGGUUCAUCGGGUCUUCCGAUUUGCACCAUCUUCAAGAUUUAACACAAACCCUUCUUCCUACCCAAUUCUCAAUUUCAAUCACCUCUUCCGAUUGGUAAUCAUCAUCGGUAGGGUUUUGUAGUUCGAUUAAAUCAUGGAGGAAACAGAGGGAGGUCUAAGCUUUGAUUUCGAAGAACCUGCCGCAUCUUUAGCUGUAAUCCACCAAUCCGCUGAUCGUAAUAGUAAUAAUGAUAAUAACGUAUCAUCCGCUUCUGCAGUGAACGUGAACUCAGCCUCCGGCGACAACCCAGCUUCAAAUUUUCCGGGACGGAGGAGCUACCGUCAGACCGUAUGUCGCCACUGGCUCCGCGGUCUUUGUAUGAAAGGCGAGGCCUGCGGAUUCCUCCAUCAAUAUGACAAAUCAAGAAUGCCGAUAUGUCGAUUCUUCCGGUUGUACGGAGAGUGCCGACAACAGGACUGCGUUUAUAAACACACCACCGAAGAUAUCAAAGAGUGUAACAUGUAUAAAUUAGGGUUUUGUCCCAAUGGUCCUGAUUGUCGAUAUAGACAUGCAAAACUACCUGGACCUCCUCCUCCAGUUCAAGACGUACUCCAAAAGGUUCAUCAAUUAAAUUCCAGUCAUGGGAAUCCCAAUAGGUUUUUCCAGAAUCGGAAUUCCAACCACUCUCAGCAAUCCGAAAAAUCCCAAUUUCCACAAGGGGUAAAUAGUGUCAAUCAAUUCAUCAUACCUACCUCAACAGAUUCUUCUACAUUUAGCCAGACAGCUUAAUUUUAUGUCCAAUUGAAUGGCAAACAGAAGUGAGUGUUCAGAGAUCUAAGUUUUUCCUUUAGAUUUUACAUGUGCGUUGGAUUUCGAGGCGAAUCAUACACAAUGUUAGGAGGGAAAAGAAAGCUAUGGAAAGCAACAUAUGGAAAUUGACUAUCUUCUUCUAGCAUAUGUAAAUAGUAAGAGACACCCCCAGAAGAUUCACCUUGUACUCAAGGUGAAAUUCUGGGAAUUGAUCAAGGCAAAUCUUGCCAUUUAGUCAAUACUUCCAGUUGCCCUGUAUUUGUGUGUCAGACACUGUAAUAAUUCUAGUUGAUCUGUCAACUAUGGUGGUAAUAUAUAUGUUGGACGAAGUACAUGGUACAAUGGUUCUUUGCAGUUGUGAGAUAUGAAAAACAUUAUGUAAUAUGAGACAUAACCUUCCCAAUUUGUUCAAGAUAUUCAAAGGGUCUAUGCAAUCUUGCUCAC